AUGGAACUGAUAAACCCUCUUCUACGCAUUAGUUCGAAAUUGCUGCGUAUCGACAAAACCAACUUGGACAUGGUAAAGUUGCUAAGCGCGGAUGUAACUAAAAAUAGAUUUAGUAGUUGGGGCGUACCAUGCUACAAAUAUCUAUUGAUCAGAGUAACUUCAAAAUCUGUCAGUAACGUAACAAGAAGCAACAUUGGUGAAAUCCAAAUCAUGUUUCAGUCGUUUCAAAACAUGCUUCUUGCCUAUUGCUGCCUACAUCUACACAAAAAUUCCAAUUACAAUUUUACCAAGACUAUUAUCGAACGAUUAGUUAUUGAUUUUGUUAACAUCCCUUUAGAACAAACUAGUAUAAACAUUACCAGUUACAUUCGGCUUCACAGCCGGCUCGUCGUGUCCAUUUUGAACACAAAACUCAAGCUCGGCUUGUUGCCCCUUCAAAGUCUUGCCGCGAUAGAACAACUAGAACUGGUGAUAGAAAGUAUGGCCGUUGUUCUGGUUGAUCUUUCACAAAGCAAUCCCCCAGCGGGCAUGCGGAGGCACGCUGCUUACGUAAAGGUCUUCCAGAAGCGCACGACGCCAAUUGUCUACUGUGACCUUUUUAAGAAAAUGGUAAGCAAAAAAACGGCCUGCAGAUUCCGCAAAGUGCUGCACGAGCUGCUAAAAAUUUUGGAUGAUAUUGAGUGGCCCCUCAUAGACGCAAUGGCCGCAAAUGGACAGCAUAUGGAAAAGAUUAGAAACUACAGAAAGUACAUUCAAGCAACAUUGCUAGUACUCGGCGACCUGAAACUGAAUUCACAGUUCAGGCUGUUGACUCGCUUCCAUAAGUUCUUCACGUGA